UGGAAUCUUCCUAGACAAGUUAGUGCUAUUCGGUUCCUUAUCAGACGAUUGUUUUACAGAUAAGAAGAAUGUAAAUACAAUGGCCCCAUCUGGAUUCGGUCCUUGUCGUCUGGUGCUGGUGAAAUAGAGAAGAAAAAUUUUCACAUUGAGGUCACAAACAUCUGCUGCGUCGUCAUCGAUUUGCUCGCCUCUGUGGGGAAACAACUAGGAUGUUCUCCGUGUUCAAGAAAUUGGCCACGAAGAGCGAUGGCCCCGGAGGAGGUGUUGGUGCUGGUGGGGGUUCGACCCUGCCCGGAUCCGUCGGUCAACAAAUGUCCGAUUCGCUGAGGAAGAAGUUCUCACGUGGGGUGCAGUACAACAUGAAAGUUAUAAUCAAGGGCGAUCGAAAUGUGGGGAAAUCGUGUCUUCUGGAGCGGCUUCAGGGUAAAGCUUUCCUUGAGCAGUACAAUCCGACGGAUCAAAUUCAGGUGGCUUCGAUUCAAUGGUCCUUCAAGGCCACGGACGACAUUGUCAAGGUCGAGGUUUGGGAUGUUGUAGACCGGGGAAAAUCCAAACAGAAAGCUGGUGGACUGAAGCUGAACACUGAUGCCCUGGCGGAGGAGAUCCCGGUGCUUGAUGCGGAGUUCCUGGAUGUCUACAAGGGAACCCACUGUGUCAUCAUAAUGAUGGACAUUACCAAGGCAUGGACGUUCGAUUAUGUGUGCAGAGAGUUGCCAAAGGUGCCGGGUGAGAUUCCGGUGCUGCUGCUGGGGAAUCACUGUGAUAUGGGUCAUCAUCGAGUCAUCAGCAAGGACCAGAUCCAAGGUUUCAUCGAAGAAGCAAGUCAACACCGAACGGCAGAGAUAGUCUACGGCGAUAGUUCCAUGAGAAACGGGUUUGGACUGCGAUUGCUGCACAAGUUCUUUGGCAUUCCGUUCCUGUAUUUGCAGAGAAGCGCCCUUGAGGCAUCAAUGAAGAAAAAUGAGCAAGAUGCUGACAUUUGUCGGCUAGAGAUUACGGAAUUUCUGAAAUCCGACGAAUCCGAUUACAGCAACUUUUUGGAGAAUCUUAUUAGUCGUAAAAAGCCACAACCUGUUUCGGCCCCGUCCACUCCCCUGGAGCAAAUGCCCCGUCCGACAAAGAGUAUAAUUCUAGGUGGUGGCCAUCCCAUUAUCGUACCGGAUAAGAACAGUCACUUAGCCGUCGCUUCGACCUCUACCGUGAACACUGCAAAACUUGCCUCGCCAGGAGGUAAAAAGCUAGCGACGCCCUUGGCGCACAAGUCACAGAGUGUGGAAGCCUUGCGGAUCCCGAAGAGUGCUACCAUGGGUUCGAUUCCGGUGGAGGGUAGCAGCAGUGGCUUCGUGGCCACUGGUGGCGGUGGUGCUUUAGGAUCUCCAGGCGGCAAAAUCAGCAACGUUGAUGAGUUCUGUCCAGAUGGUGGCGUUCUGGACAAAUCCUUCCUUGAUGACGCUAUAGACGGUCCAGUCGGAAUGCCAGAGUCAAACCCGGUGCAGGACACUGACAGUGAGGAUGAUAGUCACCAUAAUCCUCUAGUUUCCCGAUUUGAUGAUGAAUUCGUUGGCGAUGGUGCCGAUCAAACGAACGAACGUUCUACCACGUCGAUGAUUGUAGCAAAUUCACCCAAAAGAUCGAACCCUUUGCGACAUGACCUUACCCCUUCUCCCAAUCCGGUAGUUGUGGACCGAGCAUACUCCCUGUCCAGCAUGGAGCUGGAAAUCGAUCGAGUAGAUCCGACAAAUGCCGAUUCAGGAUCGUUGAACGAUAGUGAGAGUUGGUCUCUUGACACUAAGGAGCGACGAUCGCCAGAAGGUGGUGAGGAUGUCGGCUCGAACGUGUCCAUCACCUGCUCCAAGAGCAGCAGCGUUGGGAAGAAGAGUAAAGAUAAGGACAAAGAUAAGGAACGCAGCAGUAAGCACAAAAAGUCAAAGAAAUCCAGCCGGGAGAAGGACGAACCGCGAGACGAACGACGGCGGAGUAAGCGCAAGAGUCACGUCGAUGAGUUUGUGCAGGAGAUGAAGACGAGCGUCGAUUACUGCGAGGAAGCCUACGAAGCGAUCUGAGACUUACGAAUUUGAGCAGGUGUUCCACUAAAAUGCUCUUCAGUUGCUAAUUUUUUCUUCUUUUUUUGAUGUAUACCAACCUAUUUCAAACAUAUUAUACUCGAUUUUUUUUGUUAAUUUUAAGAUAACUUAAAUUGUGAGAAACUUAAAUAACAAAGUGAAUGUUUUAUUAUUCCGCGCCUAUUGGAUAGUGCAGUUGGUGUAAUAUCUUUGGAAGUGCAUAACUACCCGCAGAAAAAUGCAAUUAUUAUAGUAUAUUGAAAUAUAAAUCAAAUGUAAACCCUAACCACUCGAUGUAGUUGAAAGUGCAUGAAAAGAAGAAACAUUUUAUUAAAAGUUAUCUGCUGCAAAAGUU